AUGUCUUUCACAAAAGUAACUUCUAAUCAAACUCCUAUAUCCCGAGAUUCUCGUAUCGGCAUAAUAGGUGCCGGGCCUGCGGGUAUAUCUAUUGCUCACUUUCUACGAAAAGAGGGCUAUUCAAAUAUUACUUUAAUAGAGUCCAAUUCUCAUAUCGCUGGCAAAAGUUCUACUUUCAUACAUCAAAACCGAAAAUAUGAUGUUGGUGCAUUAAUGAUUGGAAAUAAUUAUGCUAACAUUAAGUCAUUAGCUGAUGAAUUAAAUUGUCCCCUUGACAAAUUUACCGGUCGGGCGUUAGAUUUCGAUUCAAACAAAUUAAUAACUGACGAUGUCAACCAAAUUGGAAUAAUAACAAAAUCUUUUUUAGAUAAUAUGUCCUGUUAUCUAGAAGAAAAGAAAUCUUUCGAAAAUGUUACAUUGCCAGGCCAUGGUGACCUCUCUGAAAAUAUGCUAUAUGCACCCAUAUCACAAUAUUUAAAAGACAAAAAAAUGGACUAUUUAAAAGAUGUAUGGAAUUUAGCAUAUACCUCUGCUGGUUAUGGUUACAUACAAGAUGAUAUUCCAGCUGCCUACUUUUUAAAAUUCAUUUUAAAUUCCGAAAAUACGAUUUCGUAUUUUAAAGACGGAUUCGAAAAUUUCUGGUCCAAGAUGAGUCAGAAUCUUAAUGUAUUAUUAAAUUCAAAAGUAACAAGUAUCGAUCGUUCAUUAAAACGUCAAAAUCUUGGUCCAAACCUUGUAAAUGUCAAAAAUUCUCUCACCAAUUUCGAACAAACCUUGGCUUUUGAUCAAAUAAUAAUAGCCACAACACCUCGACAAACUGCACAAUUCCUUGAUGUAACACCACUAGAAUCCUCAUUAUUCUCAGAAAUUAUCACUUUCGAUUUUUACACGAUAAUUGCCACCGUGGAAGGUUUAUCUACAAAAGUUGGCAUGACCACCAUACCUAAACAUUGUUCAGAUAAAAAAUAUGUAGGUCAUACUACAGCUUUUUACUGUGCUCAUGAAGGUGUUCCAACAUAUUUGUUUUACAUGUAUGGAAAUAAAGAAAUAAACCAAGAACGCGUGACAGAAUUAUUUAAAGAAGAUUUAAUACAUAUGGGUGGUAACCUCAAAGAAAUUCAUUAUAAUCAACUCUCAUCGCUCAGUAUGGCCCGAGGAUUUUAUAGCAAAAUAGAAAACAUGCAAGGUCAAGAUGGAACUUUUUACGUAGGUGGCUGGCUUGACUUUGAACUUACAGAAAACUGUGUGACAUAUAGCAAAGAUCUCGUCAAACGCUUCUUUAAUCUAUCAAGAGCUUCUCAACAAGAAAUCCAACAUUUACCAAUUCGUGCAAAAUAUGACAUUAUACCUCCUUCCACAACAAAUUGGGGUUCAGUAUUAAGAUCAGCCGCAAAACAAUUUCCUGAAAAAGUAGCAUUCACUUGGGUGGAUGUAAAUUUAAAAGAAGAAUUUAAAAUGAAUUACGCAGACUUAUACCGUCAAGCUCGUUCCGUCGCCCAGUACCUAAGAACUUCAAAUCAUAAAAUUGGAGAUCCCGUUUUACUUUGUUACGCUCCCGGUCUUAAAUUUUUACCCAUACUUUUCGGAUGUAUGUUGGCUGGAGUCAUUGCUGUACCGAUUGCACCACCAAAUCUUGCAACUGCAGAAAAGGACAUUGCAAAAUUUAAGUAUCUAUCCAAUAUCACCGGUGCAAAAUUAGUAUUCUCUGACAAAAAUUAUAUGUUAUUCACCAAACUAUAUGCAGCAAAAAGUUUUAUUGGACUUGGUGCUAAGAUUGAUUGGCCUGAAGGAUUAACUUGGGUUGAAUACGAAAAAGUUGUUAAUUCGCGCGACUUAUUCGAUGAAAAUUUAAUUGACGAAGUAGAUUGUGAAAAUUGUGCAGUAUUGCAAUUCUCAUCUGGAAGUACGGGAGAUCCAAAAGGUGUUAUGCUAAGCCAUAAGAAUUUACUACAUAAUGUGGAUUUAAUGCAACGCGAAAUCGGUCUGAAUAAUGACUCAGUAAUUGCAUUUUGGGUACCACAAUUCCAUGACCUUGGAUUAAUUGGUGGUUUCCUUAAUACCGUAAGAGGAGCUUGUUCAUCAUGUGUGAUGUCACCCUUAACCUUCUUGCAAAAACCCGAAAGUUGGCUUCAAAUGAUAACUAAAUAUAAGGCCACUUAUACAGCAGCCCCAAACUUUGCCUACGAAUUAGCGGCAAGAAAAUGUCCAGAAGAUAUCAUCUCUUCAUUGGAUCUUAGUUCACUACAAGGUGCUUUCAAUGGUGCAGAACCAGUUCGAUGGUCUACCUUAAAAUCUUUUGCGAAGAAAUUUAAUAUGGCAGGAUUUAAACUUGAAAUGUUCAAGUGUCUUUAUGGUCUAGCUGAACAUUGUACUUACACUUUAGGUUUUCGUAAUCUUAAUGAAAUACCUUCAGUAAUUAAUGUCGAUCCUGUCAUAUUAAGAAAAGGACAUGUUCGUAUUAGACAAGAAACUGAAAAUUCCAACGCUAGUUAUAUCGUCUCAACUGGCGUACCUGAAUUAAGCAUGGAAAUUGAAGUAAGAAUAGUCGACCGCGAUACAAGACAACUUUGUUCACCCAAUGUUGUAGGUGAAAUAUGGGUUUCAAGCCCAUCGGUGGGACAAGGAUAUUAUGGCAAAGAAAAAGAUUCCGAGGAAACAUUUAAAGCAAAAUUGGCAUUAAGUGAUCACGGUAAUUGGAUAAACGAUCAUGGAAGUUUCUUAAAAACCGGGGAUCUAGGUUUCUUACAUAAUGGUGAAUUAUACGUCACCGGACGAGAAAAAGAUGUUAUCAUUAUUAAUGGCAAGAAUCAUUAUCCUCAAGAUAUCGAACUCUCAGUACAAGAAUGUCAUAAUGAAAUUCGACCCGGAUGUGUAGCAGCACUCCAUCAUCAGGAUCACGAGACCGGUACCGAUACUUUAAUCAUUUUAGUCGAAAUCAGAAACGAGAAAAGUAUAAAAUCCGAAUCCCUAAGUCAAAUCAUUGACGAAAUAACUCGAGUUGUUCCCGCAAAGCACAGUUUACCUGUACAAAGAAUUGUAAUCCUUAAACAACGUUGUAUACCCAAAACAACGAGUGGAAAACUCCAACGGUUUAAAUCCAAAGAAAUGUUGUUAACUGGAGCAUUAGAUAAAAAGAUUAUUGUUAGUGUUGGUGAAUUAACCGAAGAUCCGGCAUUUGCAAGCUCAUCAGAACAAUCGACACAAAAUGUAAUGGAUAUCAUUACAAUUGAACAAAAAAUUAGUGAAUAUGUUCGACAAGUUUCAAAAUUGGCUGCAAAAUUACCAAUUGAUGAGGUUGAUGUUAAAGCGAAUCUUAUUACAGUUUAUGGAUUUGAUUCACUUGGAGCUGUACAAUUAGUUGCAUGCCUCAAGGAUGAAUUUGGUAUUGAACUUGCACCCGCCAUAAUGCUGGAACUGUACACAAUUUCCGACCUAGCACAACAUAUUCAUAAACAACUCAAAUCUAACGUAUCAGAAAAAAUCGAGGAAGUAAUUGAAGUGAUGCCCAUUAAAGAAAUCCGAGAAAUCAUCUCUAAGCAUGUUCAUUCAAUCUCCAAAUUAGCAUCCAAGUUACAAUUGAAUGAACUUAAUCUUAAUGCAAAUCUUAUUUCUGACUAUGGAUUUGAUUCAUUAGCUGCUGUGCAGUUAACUGCUUCAAUGACAACAAGUUUUGAAAUUGAAAUUGCCCCAACUUUAUUAUUCGAGGUACAUACCAUUGGAACUUUAGCAGAUCAUGUACAUAAAAAAUUAUUGGAAGAUAAAAAGACCAAAAUUAUCACCAAUCAAUCAAAAGAAACCAUAAGUUCUAAUGAAGAAAAAUCCAACGAGACACCAGCUUUAAUACCUCUUGCCCCAAGAAGUAUUAUAAAUAAAAGUAAUUCAGCUCUAUACUGUAUACAUCCAUUAUUAGGUAAUGUAGCAAGUUAUUUCCAUAUUUCAAGACAUUUAGGACUUACACGCCCAGUAUAUGGAAUUCAAGCACCAAGUGAUGUUGAAAAUGAUAUCUCGGUGAUAGCUCGACGUUAUAUCAAAUUACUACAAGAUAAUAAAGAAGUUGGACCAUAUUAUUUAUGUGGAUAUUCCUAUGGUGGACUUAUAGCAUGGGAAAUGGCUAGACAAUUAGAAAGUUUAGGAGCAAAAGUUGGAGGACUUUAUUUAAUUGAUGCACCUUCACCAUUAAAAGUUAAAGUUCGACCAACAAUAAAUGCACAAGAUCGUCCACACAAAAUAUGGGAAUCAGAUAUUAAUCAAUUAUUAACUGAUGCAGAUAGUCAAUGGAUGCAUCGACAACAAAGCCAAGAUCCAGUAAAAUUGGAGUCAUUUAAACGUCAAAUAGGAAUUUUAACCGCUUCAAUGUAUAAUUAUACUUAUGAUAUUACACGACCCGAAGCUAUUCAAUCGUUUCCUAUUCAUUACUGGCGUGCUAAAGAUUAUAACAAAAAAACCAGUAAAUUAUUACUUGAUCAUCCAUCAUUUAAUGAACCAAAUUUUGGAUGGGAAAAAUAUCAAGGAGAAAUUAUCUUUCAUCGACCCGUAUCUGGUAACCAUUAUACUAUAUUACGAGAAGAAACUUCAGGAAGGUUGGCCUACGAAAUAGCGAGAUGUAUACCAGAUAGAAAAAAUUUGAGAAAACCUAGUAUUGAUUUAAAACCCUUAAUUUUAGCAACUUCCAAUUCUACUUCCUCAAGUAGAGGAAAUAGUAGUCCUAGUUCAGCUGCUUUAAGAACUUCUUCGGCAUUUCCAUUGUUUAGAUCAGCCAAGAGUUCAAAACGAAAUCAUCAACUUGCACUUAUGCAAUCCGUUAUGGAAGCUAAAGUACCAUUACCAGUUAUGAUGGUUGCGAUGAUGUUAGUCAUUUGGGGAUAUUCUCAUCUUUUAAUAUAA